GAAUACAGAGGCCUCUAACGGGAGGAAAUCAUGACGCAUUUUUCGUCAGUUGUUUGCGCAAGUCAUAAGACAAGGCAGCGUAAGGAUGAUGUCUUUGGAAACUAAUUCACAGUUAUUCCCAUUCUAAGUGUGGAGAAAGUAUAAGAAUGUCCUCAAGUCCAGCAGGAGGGAGUCGGUUCGCCGAUUACUUCGUAAUAGCGGGGUUGGACCUUGCCUCUGGACUAGAGCCCGAUCAGCUGUCAGGCGAUAAUCUGCACUGCUUGCCACUAGAUAGACCUUACAAGUCCAAGGUGUUAGCACAUUUCCCAGAAAAUGUUCCUUGGAAUCCAUUUGAUAAAGAUGCAGUGGGUAUGCUUUGUCUACCCAAAGGGCUGACAUUUCGCACCCUGAAGCAGAAACGCCAGCCAAGCUUCCACACCUUUAUCAUCACCAGGGAAGAUGGGUCACGAACAUACGGGUCUGCAUAUCUUUUUUACGAAGAAGUAGUCAACCAACAAAUAUGUGCUGCCAUGAAGACAUUACAUUCGAUGCACUUGGCAGAGCUGAGCAACGACCAGUCAAGGACAUUAUAUUCGCAUUUGGGUUCAGUGUACGAUCCCAGCACCCCUCGACCACAGCGCAAACAACAUUUGCAAAAUCCCGACAACUUGUAUGAUAUGGAGAAAGACCAUUUGUUUGUCACCAAAUGCAUUUGUCUUCUGACUCCUCUCCCUUUUGUAGCUGCCUGCAAGAAGUAUCUGACAUUACUCCACAUGGCUAUCGCUUCUAGAGAACCCCCAACAUUGCCACUGGAGAGUUAUGUGUAUAAUGUUCUGUAUGAAGUGCCUCUGAUGCCCCCAGGACGGAGCCUCAGAUUUCAUUGUUUAGACAGAGAAAUUGUGUGCCAAAGACCAGGUAUUAAUGAACUGCCACUGUUUGACUUUCCUCUAAAGGAGAUGUUUGAAUUACUUGGUGUAGAAAAUGUGCUCCUUGUUUUCACCAGUAUUCUUGUGGAAAAUCAGAUUUUACUGUAUUCAAAUGACUAUCAGCGGUUGAUGCUGGUUGCGGAGGGGAUGACAACCCUGAUGUUUCCCUUCAUGUGGCAACAUGUGUACGUUCCAAUCCUGCCUGCUUCUCUCAUUCACUUCCUUGAUGCUCCAGUCCCCUUCAUCAUGGGACUACAUCGCGGGAAUGAGAACAGGUCACAAUUACAGUUACCAGGAGAGGCAAACAUGUGCUUUGUGGACAUAGACGCUGGCACAGUGGAUGCUCCAGAAGACCUCCCCCAAUUUCCACAGAGACAAGAACUCACUGAGGAGAUUAAAUCUAUACUUGCACAGUUUGGAGUCAUGGAUCGUAAAGAAAAAGAUGCAAAAGAAAAGGAAAGACGUGAGAGGAGAAGAGCAGCAUCUCGAUCAAGAUCGCGGUCACACAGUAAGACAAGACAAGGAAAGGGAAGUUUUGAAAAUGACUCUGGAAUGAGUAGUAACGAUGAGUCAGUUUCUAGUCCUUUAAUGGCAGCUAACAUUCCAGGCAAAUACAAUAGCCUUGAAAAGAAUGACACUUUGGCCAAAAUAAUGGCCAUAGCACGGCGGACAGGUGUCCUAGGCGACACAGAGGAUAUUCAUGAUGUCCUGAGUGACCGAAGGAAGAAAAAAGACAAGAAGAAGCCUGAGGAUGAAAUUGAAAGUGAAGACAAUCACUUAAAAGACCUCAAGUUUAAUAAUGCUGUGAGAGAAGUUUUCUUGAACAGAUUUCUUCACAUAUUCAGCUCAUACGAAGCAUUCAUCAUUCUACCGUCACAAGAGCUUGGUCCAGAAGAGUGGCUGACCAAUCGGGAGUCCAUGCAGAACUAUGACAAGGCUGCUUUCCUCAGUGACCAGCCAGAUACUUUCUUGCCGUUUUUGUGUCGAUUUAUUGAAACCCAGAUGUUCACGACGUUGAUAGACAACAAAAUUCUUGCAAUCUGGGAAGACUGUGAUUAUAAUCUGCGUGUGUAUGAGGCAAGGCUCAAAUUACUUAAAGAGAAAUAUGGCGAGGCCAGAACCCCUACUUGCUGUGAUGCUUCAGUAUACCAAGAGACAGAGGCAAUAAUAGAGAAACGUGGGAUCCACAUAGACCAUUCUUCCCCCAUUCCUCAUUCUCUGGACGAUGUCCAGCCUAGACCACAUCACUGCGGCUACUUCCCUGACCUGGAUGCUGUUGCCCUCAACAAACAGCCCAUUGUACAAAGCAAACCAAAGAAAGACAGUGCUAAAUGGAGGAGAAAAGAUCGCUAUCUUCAACAUUCUGAGCACCUGCAACUGAACUCGGAUCAGAGAGAAUUUGUCAUAGCGGAGAAACACUUCAAAAUGUGGAGAAAAUAUAUCCAAGAAGCCCGUGCCAAGAUGGUUCGUCAGCCACGGCUGUCAGAGCUGGCCCAGACUGGGAUGAUGGCUACAAACUGGAAGUUUGUGGAAACACUGCUCAAAGAGGCAAAAGGAAAGACCAAGAGGAUGUUAGUGGAGAAGAUGGGUCAAGAGGCUGUGGACCUUGGACAUGGUGACCAGGUGACACUGACCGGCGUGGAGGAGAACACUCUGAUAGCCAGCCUUUGUGAUCUACUAGAGAGAAUAUGGAGCCAUGGACUGCAGACUAAGCAGGGCAAGUCUGCUUUGUGGUCUCACUUGCUCAACUUUCAAGAAAUAGAAGAGUGCAAUGACAACAGCAAGCCUAUUGAUCCAAACUUCCUUACUCCAGAUAUCUCCACUUUAGCUUUGGAUGGGGAUGGUAGUAGAUCAGGUACCCCAGAGGCCACACCCCCAGGGACCCCUAAAAAACAUAAGAGAAAGAACAGCAGGGGACCUGAACUCCCAACCCUCAUCCCACUCAGAGAGUCUGUCACCUUUGAUAUGAAAAAUAUAUUAAAGAUGAAGGACAUCAAGACAGAUGUAGGCUAUGCCAGAGCUUGGGUAAGACUUGCACUGGAAAAGAAACUUCUCUCCAGACAUCUGAAAGAGCUGCUGUCUGAUACAGAUUUACUGAGGAGCAGCUACAAGAGAUAUGCCUUCCUACGCUGUGAAGAUGAAAGAGAACAGUUCCUCUGUCACCUCCUCUCCCUCAAUGCUGUGGACUACUUCUGUUUCACAAACACAUUUACAAGCACCAUCAUCCCAUACAGAGUGUUGAUCUUUCCAAGUAGAAAGUUUCAAGGUUAUGCUACCUCAGCCAACCCUUACAUCUGCCUGGCAGGCAACCUGGGAGACACGGGGGUUGUCCAGGUGGCCAGACACACCCUGGAGAUCUUAGUGGAGCACAAGAACCUUGGCAUGCUGACCACCCUGAGGAUAGGCCAUGAUAACAGUGGAAUAACACCUAAGUGGAUGAUAGAGCAUGUCUUGGUCAGAAAUGAUAUCACUGGACAUACUUACAAGUUUCCAUGUGGACGAUGGCUAGGAAAAGGAAUUGACGAUGGCAGUAUUGAGCGACUACUGGUUGGUGAGCUGGUUCCUCUCACAACUGAUGGAGAAGAUCUAUGCUAUGCAUGCAGCACUCCACCCAGGACAAGGUCACCUAUUUUACCAAGGAAAGCACCAGAGACUAAGGUCAGACUGCCAGAAAUACAGCAGAUGUUGGGGGAAUCUGUCAACAACUUGGUGAAACAUUACUACAAACCAGAAAAGGAGCGAGGCAGCUUAACUUACCUGUUGUGUGGAGAAGGUGGGCUAGUGGAGUGUUUAGACAAUGUGUUCCAGUAUGGUUACAAAUCUGCCAGGCUGUUCAGGAAUAGACUAUAUGCAUGGGACUACAUAGAAAAAUGCCAAGCUUACUUUGCCAGUGCAUUGAAAGAGGAUGUGAAAGUCUCCCAGAUGAAGAGAGCAGCCUACAUGUCUUAUUGCAAUGUGGUUGCCAGGAUAAAUGAAGCAUCACAGAGUGUAGGGAAAGAUGGGAAAUUUCAGCUCUUUGUGUGCGUGGGUCUAAGGGAUCAUGUUCUAGAGCGCUGGCUGCCUGUCAUGGCUGAGGCACCAGUCACUGCCAGUAUGUAUGAGGAAAAUUCCUUCAUGAGAGAACCAACCUUGCUGAACUUUGUUGUUCAUUUAAUUCACUCACUCAGAGACUUCACAAUAACAUUGGAGGCAUCUCUUGUCAAAGGCUUGGAUGUUUAGAGCUUUUACUCCAAUAAGGACAUGGGUCAGUAUGUGGACAUCGAACUA